UCCACAUGGUAGCUCUGCAGAACCGAACGGAAUUUUAUUUAUUUAUUUAUUUUUUAGUUUUAUGAAAGGAUACUGAACCGGACGGAAUCUGAUUUACUGCACGGAAGAAUACGGGACGUAAGCCGCGCUCACUCCCUGCGUGGUUCUCUCUUGAUGCAGAGCAAAACAUUUAUGGCAGAGCAGGUCAACGGUCAAAAUGGCAAAACCACCACUUCAUUGUCGUCAUCGUCGUCGUCACCCAAACCCUAGAUUCACAGCCCCUCAAUACUCAGAAUCCCACCAAUGGACAUUGUGUGGUGGCCACUGUUUUCUCUGAUCCUGGUCUCCGCCCUAAUCAUUCACGAGGAGUGGGUCUCAACGCCCUUAUGCGACACCCUAUUACCAACCACCUCCAACAUCGACGAAUCUGAAUCGGAAUCCAUGGAAGAUCACCCUCAGGAUCUCAAGGUCAUGAUGGUCGCCGAUCUUCUCCUCUUGGGUUCCGAUUCCGGUUAUCUCAAUCGCAUUUUCAGAGACUAUUACACCUCCAAAUUCUUUAGGAAGUCGUUUCAGAGCUUGGAGCCCGAUAUGCUUGUGGUAUUGGGAGAUGUCUCGGCGAGAGGCGCGGAAUUAACCAAAUCGAAGUGGCUAUCGGUGAUCCACCAAUUCCAUGGCGUUCUCGGUCCGUUCCUAGGGCUUCCUCUCCACGUCGUUUUGGGAGACAGAGACGUCGGGCGGUGCAGCGAGCUGAGCGCGAAAUCGGUCAAUUGGAUCGCCGGGAGAUUCCCGGGGCUCGACUCGACGGGUUGUGGAUCGUUCGAGAUCGGCAAUGUCAGCUUCGUGUCGCUCAACGCCGUGGCUCUGCUCUGCGGAAACAACGACUUGAGGUUCGGCGUCGAGAAGGUUAUAGAGAGGGAAAGUUCGGAUUUGAGUGCGGAAAGUGAAGCCGAUCGCAAUGGAGAGAGUUUUGGCGGGUUUGGGUGGAGAGAGAAUGGCGUUUCUUCUGGGUCUGGUCCGGUCGUUUUGCUUCAUUUUCCAUUGCGCCAAAUACCGCCUGCAAACUUCGUUGGUGAAUCGAAUGUGAUUGAUGGCAGGGGAUUUGUUGGUGCUGGUCCGUACACAUUGAUGCAAAAUCUCCCGGCAAAUGCUACUGAAUACAUCUUUCAAGCUCUUAAACCAAGAAUUAUUUUCACUGCACACAGUUAUGAAUUUUCUGCUUAUACUCAUCCGGAUAGGACCUAUGAAGUGACUGUUCCGGCCAUGACAUGGAAUGCGAGAGAUGACCCUGGAUUUAUUGUUGCCAUUUUCAGGAGGAACAAAAGAGCAGUAAGUAUCAUCUAUUGCGCUCUUGCUAGGGAAUCUCGGGUUCUUGGAGCCUAUAUCUCAGUUCUGAUUCUAUUAGCCUCAACUUUUGUUUUAGUGAAGAUGCAUCAUUUGAUACAUUCAAGACGGUGAUAGAAAUAAUUCUUUGUCACCCUAUGUACAAUAUAACGCGCUUUAGAAAACUUUUUGUUUGAUCACCAAUGCAUUACAGUGUUCCUUAACAUGAAACUUUUUUGUUCCAUAGAACAUCACCAGAAUUUUUGUGUAUUCUCACCAAUGUUUUAGAGGCGUAUAUAAGAGAAGAUAAUAUUUUGAUUAUAUCCUUGGCAAUUUGAUACUCGAUAGUGUUUUAUCUUGAUGAAAUAAGAAAAGUCGCCUUUUUAUUUUGUUUUCUAAAGAAAAGAUAAAAGAAAGGACUAGAGACU